AUGGGAGGAGGGACAGUUAAGGGGAUAGAAGCAGCUGUGGACUAUACCUCAGUGAUGUCUGAUUCCAGGGUGUCGUCCGUGAUCCAGGAGUGGGUGAGCUCGUUCCAGGGCCAGUCCUCGCAGAUGGAGAUGCUGUCCUUCUCACAGGGGUUCCGGCCGGAGGAACGAGGGGCCCCUGAGCAGAUGAUGGGACUGUCCUAUGCACCCUACUCCUCCAACUCUGGGGCCAGCGAACAUCUGCACUGCCCACAACAGGACUUCUCGUUCCUGCACCCGUCUCUGCGGCCCCCGCAGGUGUCCAAGCGCAGCAUCAGUAAAGACAGCCCUGAGUACCGUCUGCGGCGAGAGAGGAACAACAUCGCGGUCAGGAAGAGCCGCGACAAGGCGCGACACCGGAUUCUACUGACGCAACAGAGAGCGCUCCAGCUGCAGGACGAGAACCAGCGGCUGCAGCAGCGGAUCGCCCUCCUGUCCCAGGAGCUGGACUCACUCAAGCACAUCCUCUCACAGAGACACCUGCAGCAGGCGGCAGAGCAGGGGCCCGCGGGGCCCUCGCUCUGA